AUGGUUCUGCAAGGUGGACAACAAAAGACAGUGAAUGCAAUAAUUAGAACCCUAGAAGACACCACUGCAUCAGAGAUCGUAGCAAUCACUUCACAUGCAGUCCAUUUUUCUCAAUUAGUAGUAGAUGAUCUUGAGAAAAAGCAUUUAAGAUUAAAGGAUAUGCAUGUAUCUCUCAAUGAAAAUUACAACAAAUUAUUCAUUGAAAAUUGUGCAUUGAAGGAGCAAAUGAAGAAAGUAACAACAGAUUCUUUAGGAGGAAUUAGGCUUGAAGAAUUGGAAAAAAUGAAUAAAGAAUUACAGCAAGUCAAGGAUGAAGCUAAGAACAAUUAUUUUGAAAUUAGAAAGGCUUCACUUUUGAAGGUGGCAAAUAAGGUUAUUGAGAAAUUAAGCGAGGUGCACACCUCAUAUUCUUUGACUUCACAGCUCCUCCGCCAGCUGGAAGAAAUUCUUUCAUUUUUUCAACCAAUUAGUGCUAAUUGGAUGCCAAAAGUACGGCGCCUGCGGACCAAUCAGGUCGGCCCCACUGGCCAACCGACCCUCCGGUCACCGUGGUCCCUGCCGGCUACAAACAACGACGGCUCCGGCAGCCCCCUCGUCGGUCGUCCGUUCCGGCAGCCCCGCCAAGCUCCGCUCCGACCAGGCCGCACCGCCUCCGCCCCGCCAAGCUCCGCUCCGCCCGGCCAGCACUCCACUCAGCCCGGGCCGCACCACCUCCACCCGGCCCGAGCUCCUCCUCCGCCCGGACCACCACCAACCCCUCCUCUCUAG